AAUAAAUGGCCGUUAUUUAAAAACCGAGUUUAAUCGUAUUAGUGUAUUACUGAGUAGUGAGUUGAUUUAAUUUAAAUAAAAACGUCGAAUGGUGAAUAGGAUGGUUAUUGCUAAUCGGUAGUCAGUACUUACUGCCUUAUCUGGUUGUCACCAAAGUUAUUUUAUAAUGGGUGAAUUAAAGAAAAUUUUUCUUCUAAUACAAAAUGAUAUUAACCAAGAUAAUUUGAAAGAAGCUCUUGACACCUUUAAUAUUCAUUACAAUAAUAUCAAAGACAUUAAAGGAUUUCAAAAUUGUACAGUUGGCAUUGUAAGUGUUUUGGCACAAAAACUUCAAUCUGAGUUUAAUUUUACCAAUGAAAUUAAGCAAUUUGGAAAAAAUACAAAUGAUGUCAUUCAGUUUGCUGAUCGUUGCUUCAAAACAAUCAAUCUAUCUCAAUUACAACCAUUACAAAAUAGUUUAUAUGUUAUUGUCAAGUAUUUACUUAUGAAUAAUCAUGUGGCCGAAGCUGUCCAUUUUGGUAAUUAUCUUUUAAAUAAUUUAUCUCCACCAUGUGAAAUAUUGAAAUAUUUAGUUCAGUUAUUUGCACAUCAUAUUCAUAAGACAUGUCCUAUUGAUGAUGAUUUGAAAAAGUUAAAUGUUAUACUUAUGUGGGAUGCUGUGUUAAACUUAGUUAAGCGUCAUACCGGAAAAGAAAUUGAGUAUGCAUUAUCUUCAUUAUUAACACUUGUGAAAAAUAUGAAUGGAUUAAUAUUACAUGAAGGGUGUACUAUGGAUGUAGUUAUCUUAGAUAUGACUUUAGAAUCAGUGUUAUCUUCUAGUGGUAUUCGGAAAAAAAAUGAUCAAGAAAGUAUGAUGAAUUUAUACUUUAUGUUAAUUGAAAACAUUGUAGCUGUAAUGCAAAAUAUGAUGCGUCACAGACAGAUGAAUAUUCAUCAUUUAAUCAAACAUAUCAAAUUAAUGAUUGAUGUUUGUUGUUUGAAUAAAAUUGAAAAAGAAUCAUUGUCAUUUUUGAUUUCAUUAUUCAAGUUUAUUGACAACUCUAUUAAAAAUGGUCUUGAUUCCAAUUUUGAACUUAGGAAAAUGAUAACAUUUGUUGAAAGUUAUGAACCAACAAUGAUAUUACCAAACACAAUGUUAUAUCAUGUGUUCAAGGCUGCCAUUGUUACAAUUACAAAAUUAAAAAACUUUUGGUAUGAAGGAUUGAUUAUUAAUUCUUCUGAAACAAUUUCACAAAUGCUUGUAUUAUUACACCGUUUAGUUUAUAUAAGCAAACACAGUUCAAUUAGUCAGAUAUGUUGUAAAAGCAAGAAUUGCGAUCUCAAUGAAGAUUCAACAUCAGAAAUGAGUUUAAUUAACAUAGUGUUUAUUAUGAUGAGACACAUAAUUAGUACUAAUCACACAUUUUUAAAUUCCGAAGAUGUUUUAAAGUGGAUUGAAUUGUUCACCUCUUUGUUUGAAAGAGUAAAUAAAUCAAACUGUUCAAAUAAAAUUGCUUUCAUUGAAUUUUCAUUAACAAGUGCUUAUAACCUUUGUAUUUGUACAACAUCUGGCAAGUUCACAGAUUUAUGGUUGGAUUUUCUUGAACAUUUAUACUUAAUACUUGAUCCUUCUGGAAUUGAUUCAGAACUUGUUGCUCGUGUUGCAAUUCUUCUGAGUCGGUGUUUGUACAAUAAAAAUAAAAAUGACGAAGCUUUAAAGUGUAUUGCAUAUUGGUGUGUGCGUACUCAUUCUGAACUUGCUGCCCAACAAUGGGUUUAUCUUAAAUGUAAGGAGGAGAGAAAUAAUGUUAUUAUUAAAGAUACAAUUUUAAAAACAUUUGAAAAUGAUAUUAAUCUGAAAAAAAAAUGGCCCGAUUACAGUUUGACAAAAUCUGAUUGCACUGAAAUAAUGUGGUUAGAAUUAAAGGCUCAUAAUCAUCAAAAUAAAAUUAAACAAGAUACUACUGCUGUAUUAGAAUUAUUUGAAGAAUUAAUGUGUCAUAAACUAUCUAGAGAGUUUAAGUGUCGUGUCAUAAUUACCACUGCAUACAUAAUACUACAUUCAAGUAGUAUAAAUGGUUUAAAAAGAGUAAUUGAUGUAUUAGAGGACUACAUUCGUAAAUUGGAAGUUGAAACAUCUAUGGAGAAAAAAAGUAUGCCAUUAAUGUUAGGUAAUUUAUAUUAUGCAAAUUACUUGUGCUUAUUAAAACAUCUACAGAACCUUGUCAGCAAAGAAUUGGAUUCGUAUACUGAAGAGAGGUUAGAACGUGGUAUGGAGCAACAAAAUAUUAUUCAAUAUGAACCUAUUUCUUGGAUAUUACCAUUAAAAAUAAAACCUAAACUUUUUAACUGUUUGAAUUGGGCUGUUAAGAAUUGGUCUGCUUUAACUAAUGAUACAAUUAAAGAUGAACACGAUGUCAAAUUACUUUUUAGAAGUCUUCAAGAAGUUGCUUUUAUAUUUAAACUGCAUGGUGACUCAAAAGAAGUUGAAGUAUGGAAACUAUUAUACAAAUUAGCUUCUAAUAAGAAAUGUCACAAACAUACUUUUAUAGCACUUAUGGAAUUAUCAAAAAUUAGCGAGGUAGAUGUUUUAGAAUUAUCUAAUUUAGCUAAACACUUGCCUAAAAUGGCUAUUGAUUAUAAAUUGGCAUUAGCAACUUCUCUUUUAAACCAAUCAAAAUUUAAUGAUGCACAAGUACUGCUAGAGAGUAUCAAUGAUAAAGAAUUGAACAAUAAUAUUAUAUUAAUGGCAGAGUAUUCUUAUCUUAAAAGCCGCUUGUGCUUUGAAUCUAGAAAUUUCGACAAAAAUGUGUGUCUUUCUUUUUUCAUUGAUGCUUAUAAUCUUGCACAUGGUCUUAUCAAAAGGCUCGAUUAUUUCUAUGAAUAUUUAGCUAUGCAUUUUGUAAUAUUAAGCAUAUGUUCGUAUUUGAAUUUAAUUUAUAUAAAUAGUUUCAAACCUGUUGAAGCUCGCUGUUUUUUGAAAGUUCAAAUGAAUAUUGUUCUAAAAUCUGUUCUAACUAAAAGAGCGUUAAAUGUAUUUUUAAUGAAUUGCUGGAAUGAAUUAAUGUGUUGUAAUUUUGAAAACGCUAAUGGACAGUUGGAGCAUAUAAUGACUUUACUAGAUUUUAAAGAAGAAGAGUUAAAUUUUAAAAUGCAAAAAUUAACUGUAAAUUAUUCUCCAAAUAAAUAUUCCUCUCCUCUGUCAGAUUACAGGUGCUCCCAAAUCCCUAGAAUAAAUAAAAUGGCAUCACCUUCCUUAAAACGGUUAAACAAUAAACGUACACAAAUGAAUAUUACUGAAUAUUGCGAUGAAGCUAUCAAUAGCAAAGAACCUUUAGAUCCAAUUAUUAUUCAUUCUGUUAUUGAAGCAUGUCUUCUUAAAGCUGUCUACUGUUCUAAAGCUAAUCAGCAAAAAUUAGCUGAACAUUAUUUUAAACGUACAUUUAAAUUACUGGAAUUGUCUAUACCAAAAUUUAAUAAAAAUGAAGUAUAUAACAUCUUAACAGUUAGACAAAAAACUUUAGCCAAGUAUCAUUAUGCAGAACACCUAGUUCUUUACAAUGAUCCAUCUAAGUCUUUAGUUUAUCUUGAAAAGGCUAAAGAAUCUUCCCAUGAUGAAUGGUUGUCAAUGUAUGUGAAUGAAUUAAUUAUUUCACUUAAAGUUGAUAACAUCAUGAGUUAUGCAAUCUCUAAUGUUAUUCAUUCACCUGUGGUAGAAACACACGUACAAGCAUUAAAAACGCCAAUGACUAGUAAACUACGAGUGAAUACAAAAUCACAAGGAGUUCCUAGAUUUGUUACUCCAGCUGUCAGAAAAUUAAAAUUGACUUUAGAAAGUCCAAAUUCAAGACAAAAUAAAAUAAAAUCACCUCUGAUAAAAGGGACUGAAAAAAUUAAAAAUGAUUCAACUGUUAAGAAGAAAAUUGGAAAAGAAAACAUUAUUAAAUCUACAACAAAACAAGAUAAUGAAAUAAAAGUUAGAGAAAAAAGAAGUACAAGAAAAAAAGAAACCACUGAACAACCACCAUCAUUAAUUAUUAAAAGACGUGCUAAUAGAUUAAAUAUUUAG